GUGACCCUCGGCCCAGCAGUUGCCAUGGAAGUGGCCGGGCGCGUUGCUGGGCGGAAGGAAGAUGGCGGUGACUAGCUGGCUGGAGAGUUUGCGGGCUGCCGAGAAGACGGCGCUGCUGCAGGAUGCGCUUGGGGAGACCUUUACUGCGUGCCAAAUUCUGUGUUAGAGCAGAUAGAAAAACAAACACACAAACAAAGACCUAUGGCCUGUGGUCUCCUAGGAGUUCACAAAAUGAGGAAGAAAAAGGCAUGAAAGAGGAUGGUGCACUAUUUGUUCCCAGACGGGAAGGAAAUGGCGGAAGAAUAUGAUGAGAAGACCAGUGAGCUCCUGGGCAUGGUCCUCCUCCUACAUAGCCUGGAACUCACUGUGUAGCCCAGGCUGGGUAAAUCUCUGUAGAGCUGAGAUUAAAGUGAGAAAAUGGCGUGUGAAAAAUGCCCUGGGAGCUUUGGGCCAGUGGCAGCUUGAAGUGGGAGAGCCAGUGCUCUCAGGAGCCGGGAGCCUGGGAUCCGAGCUCAUCAAGGAAAGUAAUGCCAAUCCCAUCUUCAUGCGCAAGGACACCAAAACAAGUUUCCAGUGGCGCAUUCGAAAUCUCCCCUACCCAAAGGAUGUCUAUAGUGUCUCUGUGGCCCAGAAAGAGCGCUGUGUCAUUGUUAGAACGACCAACAAAAAGUACUACAAGAAGUUCUCCAUUCCUGACCUAGACAGACACCAGCUUCCUCUGGAUGAUUCUGCACUGAGCUUUGCUCACGCCAACUGCACGCUGAUCAUCUCUUAUCAGAAGCCAAAGGAGGUCAUGGCAGCUGAGUCAGAGCUCCAGAAGGAGCUAAAGAAGGUAAAGACGGCCCACAGCAGUGAUGGGGACUGUAAGACCCAGUAGCUCUCCUGAGCCUUGGACUUCCAGUGUGGAGCAAACUGUGAGACUUGUGGGCCUGGCUCUUCUGACAUGGGCCACUUCUUCUUGUCUAAGAACUAGCUCUUGGGGCACAGCGUGCUUCUGCUCCUGAGUAAAGUCAUUUGGAGGUGUUCUAAGAGGAUUGCCCCUUUAUCUACUUCUGUAUGGUGCCUGUCUCCAGGCACCCUGGCCUUCCUAGGGAAGAUGCUGGUGUGGUGACCCACCCCCCCUCCCAUCCUGGAGACCUGCCACACAAGCCUUCCAGCUAAAGGAGGGAAGAGUAGAGAUAAGGCUGUGUAUCCUGUGAACUCCCCUGUGCUGGCUGGCCUUGCACAAGUGGCCUAGGAAAGACUCACCUGAGGCAGAUGUGAGCACAUCUGCGCUCUUGGAAAAAACAAAUGUUAACACACCACGGUUAUUAAAGCAAGCACAGUUA